CAGAAACGACACUUUUCGUGCAUGUCAUUCCUGGAUCUGCCAUCAAGUGCCCAAGACUCUUCUUUCUCUAUCUACAAUGAGCUGCUGCCCUGUUACUGCUGAGCCUGCGCGUGACGCGGCCGACCACAUCGGUGUGAUGAAGAAGGCUGGCAACACUAACAUCUACGUGACGGGCCCUGCCUCCUCCAAGGCUGGCGUCAUUGCUUACCCGGAUAUCUACGGCCUGGACAGUGGCCGCACCAAGGCCGACGCCGACACGCUGGGCAAACUUGGCUACUCUGUUGUGGUCGUGGACCUCGCGGACGGUGACUAUCUUAACGACACGAACGGACUUGUGGACUGGUUUAAGAAGUACACGUUCGAAGAGCACUUCGGCCCGCGUAUUCAAGACGCCGUCAACUACCUUAAGAAUGAGGUGGGCGUCGAGCGUAUCGCCAGUUACGGUAUGUGCUGGGGAUCGUGGGUGGGUGCCACGCAAACUACCCUGGUGGACCCGGUUGUAGUGGGUCACGUGUCUUUCCAUCCCACGUGGAUUGUGGAGAAUAUGCUCAAGGGUGACGGCGCCGUCGACAAGCUCGCUUCUGCUGUCAAGGUACCGCAGCUGCUCAUGGCUGCCGGUGACGACCCGGAUUUCGUCAAGCCGGAGGGCAGCGUGCACAAGAUCCUUAAGUCCCGUGAGGACAUCGGCGCAAAGUCCGACGUCCUCCUGUUCGCCGACCAGAACCACGGCUGGGUACACCGCGGAGACAUGGACAACGCUGCCACCAAGACUGCCGUCAUGAAGGCCUGGCACGCGGCUGUCAAGUUCAUUCAGACCAAGUGCCCCGUGUAAAGCGUUAUCCAAAUGGAUCGCUCGACCGGAUCGCACGCAUAUGAGCUUGCAGCCGCUGUAAAGGACUUUUUUAGCCUGUGGCCUAUUAGGCCACAGGCUAAAAAAGUGAAUUUUUCGUCAGUUAUGUGCAUGUACCUUAUAUAGCAGUAUUUGCUCACGAUACAACGCUAUCUGGCGCAAACAAUACAGUUUCAAAUUUAAAACGCCUUAA